AUGGAAUGCUUGCAGACUAAGAGAAAAGCCCAGUUGCAGAAGACCUCUGUAGUAAUCGCAGUAGAAACCGCCGUCACAAGAUUUGAAAUUGCCGUUCCUUACGCUGUAACAGGCCAGCAAAUAUUCGAUGAAGUGGUUGCCGCAUUAGGCGUAGAGGAAACUUGGUGGUUUGGACUUUCGGGUACUGAUUUUGAUGGGCACAAAGUGUGGGUCAAGAACAAGAAGAAACUCGGUCUUCAAGUGCCCUUCAAUACGGAACCCGUCGAAUUGAGCUUUGAUGUGAAAAUUUACCCGCUGAGGGUUGAAGAUCUAAUUCAAGAUAUCACUGUUCGUCUCUUCUACUUGCAUACGAAGGCAAAGGUUUUAUCAGGAUUCUAUGAUGCUGAUGUUGACUCGCUUGUCUCUCUAGCGGGAUAUCAAGCUCAAGAGCGAUUCGGUCCAUUUUUACCGGAGAUUCAUGACUCUUUCCUUGAUCGCUAUUUGAAAAUCGAGGAGCUUUUUCCGGAGAGCUUUCUCAACUCGACUGGGUUUCCAAAAUCGAUCUUGGAAGAAAAAGUCAAGAAGAUGCAUAAAGAACGCGGGACUAUGCUCAGUUCCGGGCUGAAUAAAGUUCAGAUAAAUUAA